GGCAAAAUGUGCUUGUGCUUAACCGUGGGGUUUGUAAAUAAAAGUUGCAAAACGAAGAUGGACGUGUUGUUGGACGGUUCAUUUUAAGGGUGCAACAUACCGCAGGAACCAAAGGUACCGACCGGCAGCAGCCCGUACCGCCUGAGAGGAAAAUCUGCCUUAGAGACUAAACUCAGGCUAAAGGAUAACACAUUUUAUUAUCAGGAAGUGUGGCUGAGAAUCCUGCAGAGCAAAGGUUGCCAAAUUUACCUCUUUUGCUUUACAUUCCUUAUUCAUUUAUUGGAUUAUUGGAUUAGAUUUAAAGUACAACACCUAAGUGAUUUGUCAGAGUCCACUCCCUGUCUGGCAAUGCCUCUGUUCCGGGCUCCGGGUGAACGUGGUGGGGCAAAGGCUCGGCCCGGGCGGAGGAGGAGGAGGACGAGGAAUACGGAGUGGAUGGGGAGCUGCGGGAACACCGAUAAAAACGGCCUUGUCCUUUCGUUGACACGUCUUUGUCUGCUGAGCCUGGCAGACAACAUGAAGGCAGUGUGGGCGAAGGACUAUGCGGAUAACUACCUGGAUCAUUAUUCAUUCAGAUACAUCAUGGGGCCCUUCAACGUCCUGCCGGGUGAGCUGGUCGAGGAGCUGACGUGGCUCCUGUGCAUCAGAAAGCAGAUGACCCGUGCAGCCCUCCACCUCGUGCUGGUCCCCCAACUCCGUGGCCUGUCUCUGGAAAGUUGUCCUGGUCUGGUCACCUCCGCCCUCUGUGCCCACAUUGCUGCACGCUGCCAGGGUCUGUGGAGCCUGGACCUGUCUGGAGGCCAGCAGCUGCUCUCAAAGGUCCUGUCUGAAACCCUGUGCUGUCUUCCAGCCCUGCGCUCGCUCUCCUUGGCUGGUACACCUUGUGACAGAUGUGUAAUCAAGACGAUUGCCCAUCGCUGUCGUUUGCUGCGCCAUCUGGACAUAUCCCGCUGUCAUUUACUUUCCCCUGCUGCUCUUCUUCCUCUUGGAGGUGGGGGAUCCUUCCUGUCCUCUGACUGUCCUUCUAGGUCACCUCGUUGCACCUCCAAGUCUUUUAUUUCCUCUUCUUGCUCUGCACCUCUCCCCCUCAGCAGUCUGCUGGCUUUGGAUAUUGGGUUUGGGGAACAAGAGGGAGACCCUGUGGCGGCAGCAGCCUACCUCCUUCUCUCCCUGCCCAGCCUGGAGAGAGUGGCCAUGGAGGGCCUUACACAGGCCUGCUGUCUCAUCCAGCACAGACGGUUCGACCAGACAGAGGAGUUCACUGACAGAGAAGGAGUUCCCAGGCUGGGGGAGGUGUGGUUGGAGUGGAGGCACAGGCAAGGCAUGGACAGUUGGGGGAAAAAGAGAGAAGGAGCAGCAGCAGGUGAAGAAGAAGAGGAGGAGGAGGAAGGGAUAUUGUGGGGUGGGUAUGGUAGUGAGAGUGAGGAAGAUGCAAGUAGAGAUGAAGGGCCAAAUUGCUCUCUGAACCAAACGGAGAACAAAAAGAGAGGAAGAGAUUCGUCAGGUGAUGAACGCCUGAUCCUGCUCCUGAAGGACGUCAAGGGUUUAUCAUGCGACUCUUUGGACAGCUUAAGUCGUGCCUGUCCAAACAUUUACUCCAUAUCUGUGAACGUUGAUGAUUUUGAAAAUACUGGAGGAAGAAGCCAGGGGUCUCUGUUAGCCGCAGGCCUCCAGACGUGGUCAGGCCAGCUGCGGAGCCUCUCGGUACACUACCCCGGCCCUCUGGCGGAUCUCCUUCCUGCCUUGCAAGUUGCAGGCUCCUCUUUGGUCUCUCUCAUCCUGGAGGGGGUGAAAACCAGCCCACGCACCCCACUACUGGAGGUCAUCGAGGCCUGUCCCAGACUCAGAGACCUGCUCAUCUCUGCCGAACCUCCCACCACCCCACAGGGAGCAGCAGACGAGGAGGAUCAGGGGGACGGACAGGAUCUUCCACAGCUGCCCAACCUCUGCUCUCUCACACUCAAUUUCUCGUAUGAGCACAGCCAAAUGAAGCCUGUCAUGUCCUGGAUGUCCCUGAAGAGGGUGCUCAAGUGUCUCCUGGCUGGUUCUCCUUUACUGGAGAAGCUCUCACUGGUCUCCCUGCCCUGCCCUCUGGACUGCGUUUUAGAGGAUGUACUGCGCGUACUGGACUUGGACCAGUACCUCUUUGCAGAGUCCACAAACUCACCUCCCAUGCCACUUGGACGGGUACAACGUAUUGACCUGCCGCGCACCGAUGUGAAGAUGCUAACAGUGAGAAGUUUAAUGCAACGGAGCCAGAGACUCAAGUAUGUAGAUGUGAGUUACUGCUGGCGGAUCAGUCAGCUCGAGUGGUUGAACUGCGAGACGUCCAGUAAAGUCCAAGUUGUCUGGUCUUAGUGAAGAGAUGAGCAUCUUCCAAUACAGGAGCACCACCGUUGAAGGUGGAUGAAUAAUACUUUAUAUAUCUAUGUAUGUAUGACUAAAACUCUAUCACUUUUGUUAUUUUUGUAACUAAAGUCCUAUUAUACGCUAAACAUUGAUUCUACAGACAGUUUUUCUUUCAUUGACAGACUGCAAUAUAUUCUUGCUUGAAUACUUGGGCCUUGAAUAAAUUGUUUCUCCGUUGUGUUUCCAAUAGAUCUUUUGACUGUUUUGUUUUUCCAAGGUAAUGGAUUGAACAGGAAACAUGUGUCUUAUGCGUGAGGUGGUACGUACUGUAUAUGUAGUGUCCUUUCGGUACAGUGCAAAAACAUUUUUACUUAAAAAAGUGAUGGCAACAAAGUGACACGUAAUAUAAUUGAUUCGAUUUUAAGUACUACAACUUUGAGUAAAAAGUAUUGAAUAAAUGAAUUACAUGUAAAUGAUAAUAAAAGCAACAGUUAAAAUGUGUUGGAUUUAGUAACAGCACACCAAAUGACGAGUUAUAUUUCACAAGGAAAACUGAUUUAUGUUUACUGA